CACGCCUGAGAUAUGUCGUCUCGCUCGAGACCAGCAGGGCUCCGUAGCCGUUUCGGCCAGAAAUGAAGUUCCACAAUGCUCUACUUCUGUAUUGUAUUGGGCUCGUCAUGUCCUUGGUGAGGAAGGCGAGGAGAGCAGCGAUGACGGACGAGAGGGAAGUUCGGGCGCCUCGUUGGCAGACGGACCCUUGGCCACCAGGAAAGAGGUGGCGAGCUACUCUACAACGGGGUCGCGACCGCCCCUCCCCGCCAGUACUGUCGGACGAGGCCGAGGAGAAGGCCAGCCGUCUGGAGGAUUCGGGCGGCACGACCUCGGAGGAGGAUGGCAACCCGUUCGUGCAGGUGCGCAUGCUGGAGUGCGAGCCCCACCAUGCGAGGAUGGCAAAGGAGCCAGGUAUGCAGCACGUUUUGGUUCCAGGACGAAGCUCGGCAGGAGAACGAAACUGGACACAACAUCGAGAAACAUAUCAAAGCCUGGUCGCACACGUCGACGAUUACAGGCUGGACACCGACAAAGUGCAGGACUUCAAUGUGGCCACCGUCGACUUCAUGACCCACAGGUAUAUGCUGGGCUACGACGCGGGCAUCGGCCAGAAGUUGAUCGAGGCCUUUUUGUCCUACCAGCCUCGUUUCGGCGGCCUUGCCCCGUCUACGAUGGGAGUCGACUCUACGUGGCGCGCACACGCACACAGGUCAGACCCCCACCAGGGCUCGAAGGUUGGGAACCAAAGCAGUUCCAUCUUGUGGAAAACUCAGGGUUUUGACCUGUAUGGCAGAUUUUCUUCAGAUUCUAGCCGUCGUGACAGAUGACAGCUUGUGGCAGUUUACUCAUCGUGAAAGCGUGGGAUUUUGUAUGCAAGGCCGACCGUUCGGCCAUGACAUGGAGAUUCACCAGGUCCGCCAUGCGGGUGCUUCCUGGACAUGUAUCAAAAGCAUCGCAACCGUUACUUUGUGCAACGUCGUGGUGGUGGGAUGUCUACCAAAAAAGGUGCAGCGCUGCAAGAAGUCAUGCAUGAUGAUGAUGAAAGACUACGCUCGGCUUCCCUUGGCGCUGCACUGCUGGUUGGAGGAGCUGUUGAACACGCUGAAAAACUAGACUCUGUGAGGCCGCGCAAUGCUGCCGCCGCCGCCGCUCUCUCGCAGUGCCCGUGCCAAGCGUGUGCUACGCCUCCCAACACAGCAGAAUAGGUGACACAUCAUGUUAUGGGUGAUAUGGGUGAGAUUUGAGCCGCCGUGCAUCUGCUUACCCACGCUCGUGUGCAGUCAGACUCCUGACGGCUCUGGCAUCAGACACUAGGAAACUUAGAAACAGAGCGCGGGGGGGAUCAUGGAAGUUGUACGUGAAUGAUCUAUGCGCGCUCG